AUGUCUUACCAUCAAAACUACGGAGACACCGAUCCCACCAUCGCUGGUCGUAGUCAAACAGGCAACUCAUCCGGUGACCCUGCGCUGAGCUCGGUGCCAGAGACAUCUCCAUCGGCUCAGCCUUCGCAACGUCGAUCCAGCUCCCCGGUCCCAGUUGAAGAAGACGACGAUGGUUCAAGAAGUGAUGCCAGCUCCGACCCUGUAGCUCGUCAGCUUGCAAUCGAGGGGCAUGAGGAACACCUCAGAGAACAGGUCCGCGUCGAACUAGAUGCCCAGGACCGAGAGUCCGCCUGGCGCCGACGCCUACAGACGGAGUCUCCCAACCCGCAACCUCAGCAGACACCGUCUCAACCACCACCCCUGAUCAUCGGCGCGCCGCUGGGGAAGAACCUGACAGCCAUAGAAGCGGCAAGUCGUCUCGUCUCCCAAUGGGAAGCAAUUCACGAGUCCACCCUCCAAUCAACUCCCGAGGCCGCCUCUCCCAUCCUCAUGGAACUCACACAAGCCCGCGACCAACUCGCUGCCCUCGUAGCCCAGCAGCAACAAGCCUCCUCGCUCUCUGCAUCCCCCCUCGGAGAGACACAGGACCCCGUCGUAACCCCCCUCAACUCCCUCGACGCCCACAAAGCCGCCGCCAUAGCCUCCCGGAUCGAGCUCCUCACAGACUCCCUCGAGGACUCCCACUUCCCGCCCGAGCGCGCAAACAUCGCCGCCGCCGUGUCGCUCUACCGCGCCGCCCGCAUCCCCUACUCCGCCAACUGGGCCCUCCUCUACGCCGGCCACCUCGUCGACUUCGCCCCGACCUACGCCUCCUUCACCGCCGACCGCGCCGACCGCCUCGACCGCUACGCCCGCCUCCACGGCGAGGGCUGGCUUUGGAUCGAGCCGCCCCUGGCCCGCGAGCCCGGCGGGCCGACCUUCUUCUCCGCGCGGAGGGGCACCUUCCUGCCGGAGAACGACUCCUCGUACGACAUGGGCCACUACAGCGUCACCAUGUCCUUCCGGCGGAUGAAGAACCUCGUCUACCGCGGCGCCCCCGUGGCGGACGCGUCGGGGAAGAGGAAGCUCGACCGUCUCAGCCGGGGCAGCGACGACGACGAUGACAACGAAGGGAUGAUAAAAGCCGGAGAGAGCUGGCCGGCUUACUUCUCCGACGAAGACUCGGACGCGCCAGACAAUAUCUCGUCAGAGCCCGCCCCUUCCCCAGCCCUCCGUGCAAGCCGUCCCUCGCGGCACCCGCGCAUGACGCGCGACCACGCCGCCCCAACGCUGCAUUUCCGCAUGCUCCUCGACAGCGGCGCGACGCUGCCCCUGAUCUACGACCGCGACGCCCGCGCCCUCGGCAUCCGCCGCGCGACCUACGCCGCCGUCUCCCGC